AUGUCGGACAAUGUGCGUUUACAAGCGUGGCAGCUUCAGAACUUGCGGCAAGCUUUUGUUCAGAAUGCUACAUCGCAUCCUUUGGCACAUGUUGAGCGAUCAAUACAGAAAUUACAGGAGCUGAUUGAAGUUUUGCGGCAUGAUUUGAACUUGGAUGCCUUCAAGCGUCGAAAGUUGAGAAGCUCGCUGACUGUGCGACAAUUUCAGUCUCGUUGCGCAAAGCUGCGGCACAAGUGCAAGAAGCUGCAAGCUGAAGUAGAUUUGAUUGAAGCUAGCCGGGCGAUCAAUCAGGAAGAACCACCGGCCAUUGUUGUUUCUCAUUUGCAUGAUGAAGCCUCCCUGAAGCUUCGCUCUUUUGACUUGGAGCUGGUGGGAUGGACUCUGAGAGCGAGGUGCUCCAAGGUCCAGAACGAGGUUGUGCACGUGAAGUUUCCCAGUGGAAAGACUGAGAGACCGCAACCGACGCGGCUUUGGCACUUUGCAGCAUGUGCUCGAGCAUUCCUCCGCAUGCGGAUGAUUGGGAUUACUAAAGAGGUGCUGCAAGUUACAACAACCAGACCUUCCGCUGAGAACGCACAUGGGUGCUCCAGUGAGCAGCGAGCAGCGUUGAGCAGUCAGCAGGUCCGCGCCAAGGCCACGAAGCAAAAGGGUUUCUACAAUGACAAGUUGGGCACAGUUGUCAAUGUGCUCGCCAAUGACAACUUCAAAGUGCUCUUGGAAGAGGGCGACAAGAAGGGUGAAAAGCGAAAGUGUGAAGUCCGCUUUCUCACCACAAUUGUUCCCGACCCAGCUGCUGAGUUGCCUGAAGGCAGUGAGCUUGACGCGAAGCUCUCGGACUGUUGGGAGAUGCAGAUCACAUUUCCGGCACAGACAGGCUUGGAUACAUCCAAGUACGAGACCACCUACGGCGUGACGCAGAUUGAUGGUGGAGUCAAACUGGGCUUCGUCACCGGGUCCAACGUGGGCUCCAGGCUCUACCUGCUAGAGGAUGAGAACUACAAGAUGUUUAAGCUGAAGAACCGUGAGUUCGCUGUGGACGUGGAUGCCUCGCAAGUGCAGUGCGGCAUGAAUGGGGCCAUGUACUUCGUGGAGAUGGAUGCAGCCGGUGGCAAAGGCCUGGGGUCCAACAAGGCGCUGCGGCAAACAGUUCCGAAAUCGGAGCAUGGGCAACUGGUAGGAAAGGAUGGAAAGGGCAUGUAA